AUGGCCGACGUCGCUGCCGUGCCCCAGGAGAACCCGUCGCCGUCCCAGGACGACCUCGUCCCGCCGACCGGCAAUGGCUCUGCGGCCAUGGACUCGCGCAAGCGGCCGCGCCCUGCGGCUGACGACGACGACGACGACGACGAUAAGCCCGGCCGUGAGCGCCGCAAGAUCGAGAUCAAGUUCAUCCAGGACAAGUCCCGGCGCCACAUCACCUUCUCCAAGCGAAAGGCUGGCAUCAUGAAGAAGGCCUACGAGCUGUCCGUCCUCACCGGCACGCAGGUGCUGCUGCUCGUCGUGUCCGAGACGGGCCUCGUCUACACCUUCACCACCCCGAAGCUACAGCCGCUCGUCACCCAGUCCGAAGGCAAGAACCUCAUCCAGCGCUGUCUGAACGCACAGGAGCCCACGGGCACGGAAAACGGCGUCGAGGCCCCAGAAGUGCCCGCAGACUCGCCCGACGAGGUCACCCAGGCCACCGUCGCCGCCCAGCAGCAGACCGCCAUACCCACACGCCCCAUCCACCCGGGGUACAACAUAGCUGGCAUGACCAACGAGCAGCAGCAUCAGAUCGCGUACUACCAGAAUCUCCAACAGCAGCAACAGCAGCAGCAGGCACAGGCCGGAGGUUAG